AUGCCUCUUCUUGAGCUGCAGUCGUCGCCAGUGCCGGCGGCAAACCCGGCGCCUCAGGACCGCCAAUGUCGCCGAAUUCUGUUUCUCGACGCUUACGACUCCUUCACCAACAACAUCGUGUCGCUGCUCAAGGAGGCGCUCGGCGACGAUGUGUUGGUGCACGUGCUGCACAUGGACCUGAAGACGCUGCAUGCGGACCCGAGUCCCGACUGGACGCCGGAGCAGUUCCUGGACCGGCUGCCGAGCUUCGAUGCCGUGGUUUGCGGGCCCGGGCCCGGGUCGCCGUUGUGCGAGGCCGACGUCGGGGCCUUUCGUCUGCUGUGGGAGCUGCGUGACGCCGUUCCGGUGCUGGGCAUCUGUCUGGGCUUUCAGAGCCUGGUUGCGCACUUUGGUGGCGGGAUUCGGAGGCUGAGGAGGGGAUUGCACGGCAUGGUGAGGUCGAUCGAGCAUCGGUCGGGAGACAUCUUUGCGGGCGUGCCGGAGUUCAAGGCAACUCUAUACCACAGCCUGUGCGCCGAUGUGGGACAAGACCAGGUCUCGCGGGAAUCGUGGGAGACUGACAUGUGGUUGCCACCAAAGGUGGCGCCUGAGCUUGUUCCGUUGGCGUGGACGAUGGAGGGGAGCGAGGAUGGAGGCGAGCCCGAGAGGAUCUUGAUGGGAGUGAGGCAUUCCAGAUUGCCCUUCUGGGGGGUUCAGUACCAUCCCGAGUCCGUGUGUACGGAUCCUGGGGCGCAUGGGGUGCUGAAGAACUGGUUCGGCCAGGCCCUGAAGUGGAACGAAUCGACGGGACGACAGAUUAGGCCGAUGGGCUUGGAAAACAUUGCCGACAGCCUGGCGCCAUCUAUGAUUGUUGAGCGGAGUGUCGCGGUUGAGAGCCAGCUCGCAAGCAGGAAAUGGUGGAGGGAUAUGCAGUCUGGCCUGGCAGCCUCGAGUGCAGCACCCAUCUAUUCUUGCAGUCGGAUCAAGCUCCCCGACGGCGUGGAUGCCGCCGACGUUGCGGAGCUUCUGGGCGUGGGAGGUGUCGAUUCUAUCAUGCUGGACUCGUCAAGCACCAUCAAUGGCGAUCCCCUGGCACGCAGCUCAAUUAUUGCCCUUGAGGUCGAUCGGGCUCUGCGCUUCGAAUAUCAUGUUGGAGACGACUGGGUGACUUUACGCCAGCCUGGAUCUGGAGACCAAGAAGAGGUGUCUCAGCAGAUAGAAAUCGACAGCAGCGCUGAGCAUGGCGCGUACGAUGUUUGGAACGUCAUCGCCGAAUAUUGGGAGCAGAGAAAGGUGGCUGAAGAAGGAGGUCAGGAGCCAGCAUUCAAGGGUGGCUUCAUGGGUUUUGUCACUUAUGAAAUGGGACUAAGCACCUUGAGCCCGGAGUCUGUAUCCAAAAAUAGGGGGCACCGCAGGCCAGAUCUUUGUUAUGCCUGGAUCUCCAAGAGUCUGAUUCUCGAUCAUCAAGCCGGAGUGGCGUAUGUCCAAGCUCUGACGGCGCCAGACUCGAAUGUUCAACCGUGGAUUGACGAGAUCGUGGCAAAGCUGCAGAAUUCUCGGGCAUGGCAACAGCCGGGCUACGGAACUGAAGAGUACAAACUCGUCGCGGCGAAGAAACAGCCUAAUGAACUGUUGCUGAAGAGCAUCCAAGAGCCGGCCGGUAGACUACGUUUCAAGACGCCGAAGCCUGCCAAGUAUGACGACGACGUCCGCCAGUGUCAAGAGGCCAUUGCCGAAGGUCAGUCUUACGAACUAUGCCUUACGGCGCAAACGACCAUGACUCGACCUCCUGGAAACGAUGUGCCGCAUCAUAUACAGCCAUUAUUGACCAAUGGAACGACCAACGGAGCAACCUCCUCGUGGCCGAGCGAUGAAGCGUCCAGACACGGCACUCCCUGGCAAAUCUACCGAACUCUUCGAGCCCGUCAGCCAGCUCCCUUUGGCUCCUUUAUCCGCCUCGCCGGGGCAACCAUCCUCAGCAGCUCGCCGGAGCGGUUCCUGGCCCACGACGCAAAGGGUCUCUGCUCCAUGCGUCCCAUGAAAGGCACGGUCCGCAAAUCCGAGGCCGUCUCGACACUAGCACAGGCCGAAAAGCUACUCCACAUCCCCAAGGAAGAGGCCGAGAACCUCAUGAUUGUGGACCUGGUCCGGCAUGACCUGUACGGCGUCUGCGGAGCCCGCAGCGUCACAGUCCCGGACCUCCUCAAGGUGGAGGAGUACUCGAGCGUCUUCCAGAUGAUCACCGUCGUCAACGGACAGCUCCCCCCUCACGGGCCCAACGGCCUGGACGUCCUCGCCGCCGCCCUUCCCCCCGGCAGCAUGACCGGCGCGCCCAAGAAGCGCAGCUGCGAGAUCUUGCGCACCAUCGAGCCCUCCGAGCGCAGCAUCUACUCUGGCGUCGUCGGGUUCCUCGACGCCCGCGGUCACGGCGACUGGAGCGUCACCAUCAGGACAAUGUUCCGCUGGGACGACGAAAAGGCACCGCCCGAGGGCCCGGGCGAGACGCAGCCCAGCGAGGUAUGGCGCAUCGGGGCUGGUGGCGCUGUGACGAUCCUCAGCACGCCUGAAGGAGAGACGGAGGAGAUGUUUACCAAGCUGUGUGGGCCGUUGGGCGUUUUCAAAGACGUGGCAUAA